AUGGCUCCCAAAGUUUCAGUAACUCUAAAUCCACCGUGCAAUGGGGAGUUUUACAGUUCUAAUGAUCGAAUGUCAGGAGUAGUGAAUCUUCAGUUGACGAAAGCGUUAUCUAUAAGGAGAAUUAAUGUGAUUUUAAAAGGGUUCUCAGAGACUUUAACAAAAAUUGAUCAAGAGUAUAUGUUUCAACAAAAUGGUAUGAUGAUGCCUGGGCAAGAUAAUAAAUCUUUUCAUACAUUGAUGAAAUUUGAACAGAGGGUUUUCCCUCCAGAUAAUGUAUGGAAUGCUCUCGAUGGAGCAUCCAAACCAUUUAAAGUAAAACCGGGUUCAUAUGACUACAAAUUUCAGUUUGACAAGUUUCCUAGAAAACCUGACUGUUUGAAAAAUCAUACAGCAAAGACGAUAGCGUUUGUGAAGAGAAGCAAUGCGCGAUUGCCACCCACAUUCAAUAGUCAGUGGCAGAAAUUUAAUAAAAUCGAUAACUUGGAUUUAUAUUUUUAUUCUUUUGGUAAAGUUAUUUAUAUGGUGCAAGUUCAAAUAGAAUUAGGAAAAUCCUCAUCUUGGUUCAAACCUUUCCAUAAAUUAAUCAGGGAAAUUGAAACUUUUGAAUUUAUACCUGAGCCAAAAGAUCUCAUCAUAGAACCUGAUGAUGACGACGAAGUUUCAAAUGGUUCCAGUAACAUUAUUGAAAGUAACGAUGCAGCCACAAAUAAUGAAUAUUAUAAGAAUUCAAAUUUCAAAGUUUCGUCAAAGAAUGUAGAAGUCGUUAAUGGAGUGGGAUAUAUAAAAAGCGACAGAAAUUUCUCUCAGGCUAAUUCUAUAUUAUUAGAAGAUGGAGAUAUUAGAACGAGACCCGCAACGUUAGCGACUUCAACAAGGCAAUCUUCUCGCCUUGCGAAUGGUAUGAAAGUUUUCCCAUCCACUUAUAAAAUAGCAUUACCUGACGGAGAAACUAAUAUAAGAGUAGAAGUUAGAAGUCACGAUUUGAAGCAAAUAUACAGAAAGGACUACUUAUUUAAGUCUGGGUGUCAAAAUUUUGACAAUGUAUAUGUUGUCAUUGAAGGUAAUGUAACAAAUUUGAGCAAGGUGCAAAUUGUGCCACGUAAGUUACAACUUAACUUAUUGGAGACAACAACAUAUUUAUCUCAGGGAAUAGCCAAUGGAAACUACUCAUCUUUGAAACUGAUUGAGAUUGAUUUGAACGAACUGAAAUCCAAUAAACCUCUUUUGAACUUAAAUGAAAUACGAGAAAGUCCUGAUGGUUCCGUGUUUGAAUGUGAAUUACGGUUGAAAGAUCACCCCAUUUUAAGGAAGUUGGUGUUCAAUGAAGAGGAUUAUAGGCAUCGUGGCAAUAGACUGUAUAGUUUUAAGACGUGCACAAUAAAGAGAAUAUUCAGUUUUCAGCUGUUGAUAGAAUGGGUAAUCAAUGGGAUUAGAAAGCAAACCGAAAUAAACGUUAACCCUGUUCAAAUCUUUUGUCAAGCAAGAGAGCAUAUUGAAGCAGAAGUAUUGCCUAGAUAUGUGCCGCCACCGACAUACACGGAAAUGGCGAGCUAA